AUGCCCGGCUUCCUUCAACAAAAAGAUGCAGCCUUCAGACAGAGCAGAAUGACCUCUUUCGCGAAGGCCUGUGCUGAUCUAUCCAAUAACCUAAAACACCUGUGUUUGCCCAACAAAAUCACAGUUCCCCACCAGACUGUAAUGCAGCAUUCCAGCGCCAUGUCCGGUCCCCUGUCUGUGGUUUUCACAAGCUUCUCCGAGCACGACUUGAGUUCUGCAGCCGCCCUUGGGGCGGUAAAGGAACUGGAGUACGAGAACGAGGAUGAACUUGGUUCCCUCUACUGCGAGGCCGCCGAUAGCGCCUAUACCAAUCACACUUUUGCCUCAGAACCCCUCCUACCCAUGAAUAGAACCCGUGCAAGCCGCAGCAGAAAGACGCCCAAAACACGCAAUGACAUAUCUCCCUCCAAGGAAAAUCCCAGCAGCGCCAGUAAACAAUUGCACCAGCCAACGGCGGAGAAGGCCCUCAAAGCGUCCACAGUUGCAAAACCAGCUGCUGUUGUUGCUGCUGCGCCGAGUGAAAAGAUGCAACCACAUGAGAAGCCUUUUUUGAGCCCCCAGAAGUCUAGCCGAGCAGAACCUGGGAGAGAAAAUGGUAGGAAGACAAUCCACAUCUCCCUGCGCAUGUCAGAGCUACGCAGUCGAUACAUGAAUUCCUGUCGGCAGGGUACAGCUGCCGAA